AUGGCACCUUCCAAGACGCCCCACAGGCCGAUAAACGCAUACCGAGUCCCUGCAAUGUUGCGAAACCUCUCUUACAAACUGACGUCGGCAUUGUCGUCGUCUGAAGUUCCUACAGUGAACAAGGACAGCGACGAGUUCACCAAGGCCAAGAAGACGGAGGAGUUGUUCCCGACCACCGACCCCGCGGUAGAUGGAGACGAUUGUCUACACGACUGCGCCAGUUGCAGUGUCAAAUACCCGCGAAAGUUCGAGAUCGACGAGACGGAGGAACUGUAUGGACAUGUGAAAGGAUGGAGUACGCAUCUUAUCGUUGCGACUGGCAAGACGGAUUGGGUACGCGAUGUUGCAGAUGAAAAGGGCAGCAUCAUGGAGGCGGUCGACAGAGGAGACGCGAAGCCUAGCAACGGGAAACUCAUGCUAUCCGCCUCGAACAUACCCAUUCCAGACCACUCAGAUCACAGUUCCAUGGUACUACUGCUACCAUCGUGGCAGUUCAUAGACAAUGUAACGCCAGCGAACAUACCAGAGCUCAUCACCGGCUUUGUCAACCCCGGACCGACGAACAACAUGCCGUUGCGCUCCCACAAAGCUCCGGCGUUAGCACCGCCAAAAUCUCCGGAAGAGACUUCUUCCGCCCAGCCUACCCCCUCCUCAAUACCACCGUCGCUACCCGCCACCUCACAGCUCAAAGCCCGACCAUGUCCCCACAAAUACCUCAUCUUGAUGUGCAGUCAAAAAACGCGAGACGCGCGUUGCGGCCAGUCGGCACCUCUACUACGGAAAGAGUUUGAGCGGCUGCUGCGGCCGAUGGGUCUAUACCGCGAUUUGCACGACGAGCGACCAGGUGGUGUAGGAAUAUACUUUAUAAGUCACGUUGGGGGUCACAAGUUCUCGGCGAACGUCAUGGUGUACCGGCAUUCUUCGGUCGUCUCACGGCCUGAGAAGGUGAAUGGACACAGCAACGGCGCAGACAAACGCCUCGAGGAGCUGAGACUGGAUGACGACAACGGUCAAGAAGUCUUAUUAGAUGCCAAUAAGGAGCAGGAGGCAGAAGGCAACGGCGAGGCUGCGCAAUGCAUAUGGCUGGCGCGGGUGAAGCCUGAGGACUGCGAAAAUAUCAUCAAGUAUACAGUGUUGCAAGGCAAGGUGGUCAAGCCAGAGAGGCAACUACGGGGUGGAUUUGAUCGAGCGAAGCAGCUAGCCAGCUGGUGA